AUGGGGUCCGAUCCGCAGUACAUAAAGUACCCCGACCUCACUCUUGCCCAACAUGUCUUCAACCUUUCCAACCCGUCGUGCCCCCAGGCCAUACAGCAGGCGUCGCUGAAGAAGGUCCAGAGUGUCAUCGCGGAGAAUAAGAUGGCUCCCUUCUACCGACAUCUCGCACACCCCGUCGAAGGCAUCCUGAACCAUUCGGGUGAAGGGGCUCCCCAGCAAGGCGGUUCCGCCAAGUCUUUGAUUACGUCCAAUAUGCUGGCGUCUCGGAAGGCGCCUCAGAAGAUCGAUUUCCCUUGGGACGAGGCCCUAUACCAGUCACUAGUCGACGAGAACCGAAAGGAGUUGGAUACCUUCCAAAAGGAGGAAGACGAGGCGGAAGAAGCGGCCGGUGAUACCGAGGUUCUGGCUGCCAGAGGGAAGCGUGCUGAAUUUUGGGCCAGGGUAGGAGAUAAGGAUAAAGCCAUUGAAUCGCACGAAGCCCUGCUGGAGAAGACAACGUUUUUGGGAACAAAGAUUGACCUGAUGAUGGCGAUGAUUCGGAUCGGACUCUUCUUCGGCGACACUUUGUUUGUCAAGAAGAGCAUCGAGCGUGCAAACACCCUGAUCGAGAGCGGGGGUGACUGGGACCGGAGGAAUCGUCUCAAGGCAUACAAGGGUCUACACCUGCUCACCAUCCGUUCCUACAGCCUCGCUGCUCCUCUCCUCCUCGACAGUCUGUCCACGUUUACGAGUUACGAACUGUGCAGCUACUCCGCGUUGGUCAUCUACUCGGUCCUCGCGGGCUCGUUAUCGCUGAAGCGGGUCGAUUUCAAGUCCAAGGUCGUGGAUGCACCAGAGAUCAAGGCCAUCCUCGGAUCGGGGGAGGACCAAUUGGCUGCCUUGGCCGGCGAGGUGUCGUCUGGGCCGAACGCCCGGGACGAAGAGAUGAAGGAUGCAUCCACCCCGAGAGCCACUCCCAGUGCGGCUGUGUCUGCCGUCAACGUGAACACAUUCGCGACUGGCUCUGGCAUCCAGGCGGAAUCCGAAGUCCCGGUGGACUUUGCGCCCCUUGCCAAUCUCGUCAACAGCUUGUACAAUGGCAACUACCAGUCGUUCUUCGUGGCCCUGGCGUCCGUGGAAGACCAGUUCCUGACCCAAGAUCGAUACCUGUAUGAACACCGGGCGUGGUUUGUUCGGGAGAUGAGACUACGGGCCUACCAACAGCUGCUCCAGAGCUACCGGGUGGUGGGACUGAACACCAUGGCCAGUGACUUUGGCGUGACGGUCGACUUUUUGGAUCGGGACCUGGCCAAGUUCAUUGCUAGCAACCGGAUCUCAUGCACAAUCGACCGAGUCAACGGCAUCAUCGAGACCAAUCGGCCGGACGACAAAAACAAGCAGUACGCGGACGUGGUGAAACACGGGGAUGCUCUGAUCACGAAGCUUCAAAAGUACGGACAGGCUGUGAGAUUGCGGGGAAGUGAACGGAGUUAG